ACGCAGUGAGUACGGGAAUCUGUCACCAGUAUCAACCAACCAACAAUGGCACGAAGUGGAUUUUGCCAGAUUUUGGUUCUCAUGUACUUAUCUCAUUUCAUCAAAUUAGACGUUGCUCAGAUAAUUUUGGGGGAUGAGGCUAGCCAGAGCAUCUUUUUUGCUCCCCUGCCCGGGCCCGAGAACGAAAUAUCUGUAUUCAACGUCAGUUUUAGACGGAUAGAGUUGGGAAGUCAGGGAAGCACCAUUAGGCUAAUUGAUUAUGAACCCGCUGACAGGAAGGUGUAUUGGAGAAAUGAUAACGACGAUGUCGUUCGCGCCAGAGUAGACCUUGCCGGGACACCACCGACGGUAGAGCCCUACUUAACAGGACCUAUAAAUUCUUUUAGUAUCGACACAGUGAGAAGGCACAUCUACUUCACGUAUUCCGAUCCAGCUGAAGAUGGCAAAAUCUAUUAUAGGAGUGAUUUGUUUUCUUCUGCGCCUACUCGACCCUUCAUUGAGUUUCCCGCAAAUUAUUCACGUUUAAGCGUCCAAGUUGACAGCAUCAAUAGGUUUCUUUACUACACAUCGCCUGGUUCUAAGAUGUUGGGUGUCUUGGACAUAUCUGCAAGGACCACGAAAGUCAGUAAACCCUUUUCUGCACAGGCGUUGGUAUUCGAGACGUGUCUAACUCGCGGCAGUACACCUCCUUCCAGCCGUCUGUAUUACUACAAGGAUUCACAGGUGUUAGGCUACACAGAUACACUCAACAGUGAAACCCUGACCCUCGGAACAUUGCCUGAUCGAUCUAUCUCGAGACUGGACAUGGCGAAAUAUGGAAGCAAACUCUUUUUCAUACGAGUUACAUCCGGUUCCAGUAGGUUGACGGAAUACGACACAAUGUCCUCCUCCUUCGAAAUUUAUGAUUCCAUCCAAAUUUCUUAUUCUGUUGCCAACAUCUCCAUGAACCGAACGAUUAACCCAUCAUCUAUUCGGAUCAUCAAUGAUAAUUAUACCGAACCUGUUACCAUCGUGGAUUGUCCUAUGGACAUCUCUGUACCCAUCAGCAGCACCUCGGUAAACGGCACACGGCAAGUCUCCUGGACUGAACCUUCUUUGAACGCUUGGUCCAACUGUGCUACCUUGGAAUUUCUAGGACAAGGGACCAAUGGAGGUAAUUUCAGCGAGGGGAUCUACAGCAUGUCAUACCAAGCCUUGGAUACGAGAGGAAAUACAGAUGUGUGUAACUUCACGGUGACAGUCAUGAAUAAUGACGCGUCCGGGAAUGGCAUCAAAACCUCGUGUAACGUGUUACAAGUAGCCACUGCCCUUUUCAUUACCAUGAUAACCGUCUUCAUAUAGGCCUUACAAAGCGAUCAGUAGUUUUAUGUUCCUUCUGGAUGGUAGACGGAAGAUACUUACGUAAAACCUA